GACAAAUCAAUUCAUUUAACAAAGCCAAAUACUUGUACAUAUACAAUGAAGUUGGGAUUAAUGGUUUCGAACCUUACUUUAAUUAUUUUUCAUUUCUGCUUUCUGGUGCCAUUUAUUCGUUCAGAUGGAACAACAAAAUCAGACAACUUGAGCAACAGGGGUGGCGUUUAUGAAUCUGUUCAAAUCGACGAUCCAGCUGAAGAUGGUUCUUCUGGAAUCUACUUUCGGAUAAGCCAAAAAGGUGUUGAUUAUCUUGCAAACUUAGCAUCUAAAGGGUUGCCUAAAAUUAUGAAUCGUUUAGCUUUACCAACGAUAAGUGAAAGUGGUCUUGUAAUUAGUGAUGCUGUUAUUACUAAAAUGGAAGAGCCACAGAUUGGAGUUAAGUGUCGAUCUUUCUGUUGGUAUACCAGAAGUGAGCAUAACUGGAGGAACGGAACUUUCUUUCUUCUUCGCUAAAUAUA